AUGGGAGAGGCUGAAUACGACCCCGCCGCCAGGAAAGCCGAACAGGAUGAGAUCACCAAACUUAUUGAUAAAAUCAACAUUCCUGCGCUCAUUUCUCGAGCAUCAGCUCUUCGGGGUGGCCUUACUUGCUCCAUUUUGCAAGACCUUAGAUAUGACAGAUCAACGCGAAGCUCAGUCAUGGGAGGAAUGAAUUACCAUAUCGAGAUAUCAUUCGAUGAUGGCAUCAGUUGGCUGGCGCGUGUUCGAAGGUCCAACGCGACUUCGCCGCCAGCAGAGCUACGAGAUUACAUUCUGCGCAGCGAGGUUUCAACCCUACAUUUUCUUGGUGAAACUCAAGUCCCAGUUCCGAAAGUUUUCGACUUCAAUUUUUGUGAACCGAACCCUAUUGGCGUUGGAUAUAUCCUAAUGGAGAAGCUGCCAGGAAGUUCCUUGCGCUGGUCUCUGGCCACUCCCGAGCAAAGGAAAAAGGUAGCAAGUCAACUUGCAGACAUUUAUAUUGAGCUAAAGGCUCAUCCUUUCGCUAUGACGGGCUCUAUGCACCAUCCAGGCUCUUAUGAUCUUGGACCAUUUGCUCGAGAGUCCUUGACUGACUUUCAUGAUUCCCAGAUGAAAGCGCUAGGUCCUUUCUUCUCCAUUGAACUAUACUUUAGCGCACAUAUCCGAUUAAUUUUGGAUCUUAUCGUUCGACAGGAGUCGUAUGUCGACCGGGCAGUCGAUGCGUUUUUGAUUCAUCGUUUUCUCUUGGACAAGGUCCCGGAAGCUUGUUCUCAGAGACUUCUCGACGACGGGAAGUUCUACUUGAAGCAUGCGGAUGAGAAGGGGGACCAAAUACUUGUUGACGAAGAAUUUAAUAUUACUGGAAUUAUAGACUGGGAGUGGGCGUAUACAGAUUCAAAGUCAGGAGCAUUCAACUCACCGAUCGUCCUGCUCCCUGUUGCUGAUUUCUACGCGGGUAAAACCUCCAUUGGUGAAGACGAAACUUUUUUUGCAGAGUGCUUUGAAGCAAAAGGGCAUCCGGAUCUCGGAAAGAUUGUCAGGAAUGGCCGGCUCAUCCACAGAUUUCGAUUUUGCUGCGGUUACGACCUCGCAGAUUGGGAGGGAUUCCUUGGGCUCUUUGCCGGACUUUUGGGAGCCAUGGGCAUCACUAGUGAUUUCCAUUGGGAGACUUGGAAGGCAGAAGCAUUGGAACACUACAAAAAUGAUCAUCAACUCCAACAAGUGAUCGAAAUGUAUAAUUGA